AUGUCGGAGCAGCGCAUCACUGUCGCGGUGCGUAUUCGUCCGCCCAUCGGGUGCGAGCGCUACGAGCCCGUGUGUGCUCGCAAAGCCGACGAUGACCAGACCAUCACCAUCAGCGCAGAGGAAACGUCCGCGAGCGUCGACGGUGUCAGCGUCUUUCAGUUCGACUAUGUCUUCGACGAGACCGACGACCAGGUCGCUGUGUACGAGGAAAGCGUGCAGGAGAUGGUCGAUCACGCCCUCUCGGGCUUCAACGCCACCGUCUUCACGUACGGCCAAACUGGCUCAGGCAAGACCUACACCAUUCUAGGAAGCAAAUCAGCGGACGGCAAAGUCACGGAAGGGUCCGGUGCCUUCAUGCGCGUCUUCGACGACCUGUUCACGUACAGAGAAUCCGUCAAGGACCGCGUCCACAUGGUCAUCACCCUCUCCGCACUGGAGUUGUACGUUGAGGACGUUAUGGACUUGCUAAUGGACAAGAAGAAGCUGAAGCUACGCGAGACACCGGAGGAGACGAUCACCGUCGGCAUCCACACAGUGGAGGUACACACCAUGGCGGAUGUCGAGCGCAACUUCGACGUUGCAAACUCCUUCCGUUCCGUGACGGCCACGAAGAUGAACGACACUAGUUCCCGCAGCCACGCGCUCUUCUUCAUUGACAUUUUCCAAAUUCCGGUGGAGAAGUUGCUGCAGCCGCCGAAGCUGUCCCAGCUCAUUGACGAAACGGGCAUGUCUCUGUCCAAGGGUGUUCCCGGUGUCAUCAAGUCCCGCAUCGCGCUCGUUGAUCUCGCCGGCAGCGAGCGAGUGAAGCGCUCCGGUGCUACUGGGCAAGCCAUGGUGGAGGCCCAGGCAAUUAAUAAGUCGCUCUCCACCCUCGGCACGGUCAUCAACGCCAUGUAUCUGCAGAAUCCGCACAUUCCGUUCCGCGAGUCAAAGCUGACCAAGUUGCUGAAGCCGUGCUUUGUCGAUACCACCUCGCGUCUGCUACUGAUCGGGCAGGUGGCGCCGCCGUCAAACAGCGCCUCCGAGUCACUGGGGACUCUUCGCUUCUGCGACCGUGUCAAAGGACUCAAGGCGGGACAGGUCAUGGGCUUCACCGAUCCAGCCGCCGAAGAGGCCUUUCUGCAGUCGCGCCGCGUCAACGAGGAGCUGCUGGCCGAGAUGCACAUCCUCCAGGCGCAGUACUACUACGAGGCGGUGAACGUACGGCGCCUCGCAGCGGCCAAAAACGUGCCUGUGGAGCAGGAGCGGCAGCGCAUCGUGGCAGAGCUCCAGGCCGGCGCUGCGGAUGUCGUGGCGCGCAAGGAGCGUGAAAUGCUGGAGAAGGCGGAGCGCAAGGCGAUUGCGCAGCGCGACGCGGAGGUGGAGUCGUUUGUGCUGCACAUGAACUCUCUCAUCGAGGAGUACGAGCAAGUCGCCCACGCCGUCAAGAGGGAGAAGAAGGCACAGAAGAAGCUGCGGGAGGAGCAGGAGGCGGAGCACGAGGUGCGGCUGCAUGAGGCCAAAAAGGCCAAGAAGCACCGGCUCAAGAUGCAGGAGGCCGUCGCGGAGGCACGGCAAAACCUCGAGGCCCUGGACAGGGAGCUCGAGGCUCUCGAUGGGCAGAUCGAGGUGGUGGGAAAAGAGCGCGCGGCUGGUGUGAUCGACAGCGUCGACGAUGAUGCUGCGUCUCCCAACAAAGCGAUGGAUAGCGAGGCCGAGGAGACCACGCACGGUCUCGUGGAGUCCUUUUACAGCCACGCGACGGAGCAGAGCCGUCUCUACUCGAUGUUUGUUUCGCGACUGGCUUCCACGAGACGGGAGCGGUCGCGAGUGCGACGGAUGAAGCUAAUGAGCUCCACCUUAGUGACGGAUGGCACUCUCCUGUACGACCUGAUCUCUUUUCUCAUCGAUCGCGCCGUCGACGUGUCGGAGGGCGACCUGCCGCUUGGGGCUAAGUGGGGCUGGCACGACGUCGACGGCCUUAGCCAGCGUCUCCUCUGCGCAGACGAGAUGUACCCGCCCCUGUUGCCGUCCGCGUGGGAGCAGCUCCACGAGGAGGCCAAGCCGUGCCUGGAGCAGCCGCACAGCAUCACCUUCCUCAGCUCUGACGAGAGCGAUGGUGAGCACUCGCACCACGCCGCGGAGUCUCGCCGCAUCCGGCAGAUUCGCGACGCCGCCGCCGCCGCCAAGGCGGAAAGCCUGUGCGCCUUACACGCCUACGACGAGGGUGACAGGAAGCGCGAGACGAGUAGCGGGGGGGGAUCUGAUGGAGACGGCCGUGACGGGAAGAAGAUUAGCCAGAAAUCGGCUGGUACCCCGACGCCGCACGCGCACCAGUCGGACUGGAUGAAUGGCCAGCUUCUAGGGCAGACGCCGCCGCAGGAUGCGGCGCUGGGGGUAGCGAAUACAGUAGAAGAUGCGCUGCCUGUGGCGACGAAGGCACGCACACAUAGAAAGAAGAAGGACGAGGCAGCUGCGGCUUCUGUUGUGUCUCCGAGUAACGGGAGCGGCGAUGCAUCGACUCGCGGCGCAGCGGCAGCCUCUGCGGCACACUCUCCGGAGGAAAGGCCAGGCCGACACGGCAAAUCAAAGGGUGUCCCGGCUGCAAUGGCGGCCGGAUCAGAGGACAGAUCUAGCGAUGAGUCCGGUGACGAGUCGAGUGGGACAGAGUCCUCGUCGUCGCCAUCAGAGAGCGACACUGGGGAGGAGUCCCCGGAGGAAGCAGCCGCUGCGAAGGGUGCCGCCAACAAGGAUCAGAAGAACGAAGCGCAUGACGCUGCGCGCAAAGGCAGAGGCGUCGAGGAGGAUGCGCUCCCGGUGGACGCGCCGAACCCAUCCUACCAAGAAAAGGACUCCCGCGCACUGAUGAAGGUGUACGACUCGCCGACCCUCGUGCAAGACCUCAUCCGGUUCCUCCGGAGCGGUUCCCGCAUGCUCAAGCACUGCCGCCGCGGCAAGCCCCAUGCGCGCGUCUUCUGGGUCUCCACGCAGCGUGGAAAGAAGGAGCUCUUCUGGAAGGAGCCGGACUCGCGGAACGCUGACUGCUCGUGCAUUCAGCUGUGCGACGUCAGCUUCAUCCAGCUUGGGUGCUUUGGUAAAGUGUUUUCCCGCCACCGCAUUCCGCCCACUGAUCCCGCUUUCUUCCGCGCCUUUACGAUCGGGCUGAAGCAUGGCGGGCGAACAGUGGACAUCGUGGCAGAGACGCUGCCCGACUACGAGGCGUGGGUGGUUGGUCUCUCACACCUCGUCGGCGUCGACCCCGUCUGGGGCGGCAAGAUCGACCUCACGAUGGAGGUUGGCACCGAUCGCCUCACCUAUUUCGAGUCGAGCGUAUGUGAGGCAAACUACAUUCACCCCUUGGAGUACCUGGAGCUGAAGAAGCGUGUGCAGCACGUCGCGACACGCACGAUGCAAGUGCUUGAGGAGUUCGGCAAAGACACCGCGCGUGCCCAGGCGAUCCUCGGCGGCAUCCAUCCACCUGCUGUGAACAACAACUGUGCAGUGUACAUGACGAAAGGCGAGCUGAGGUUUUUGUUGCCCGACACCUUCGACAUUAUUCGUGUGUCGCGACUGUGGAUGCUCUUCCAGCAGAUGAACCUCAUCUACGACGACAACUUCACCCCCGCUACUGCGUUCGGCAUCACGGUGCGAGAGUCGUGA